AUGGCUACAGAAGUGAGGGCCCAAUUGGCAGAGCGUUCACUGCCAAGUCCAAAGGCUGAGCCAAAACAGGAAAAGAAGUCCAGUUGCCGGCCAAGGAGCCACGGGAACAGCGGGCCACAGAAAGAACCGAUGAUCCCAGGGAUCAUGGAUUUCAAGCUGAUCCGAGAGGCAGUGAGGACAUCCAAGCCCCAAACUCCCAGUGCCUACCGCUUUGGUCGCCUCAGCCACCACUCCUUCUUCUCCAGGCACCACCCCCAGCCCCAGCAUGUGACCCACAUCCAAGAUCUCACCGGGAAGCCUGUCUGUGUCGUCAGGGACGAGCUCUCUCUGGCCACCUCUCCUCAAGCCACACUCUUAUCCCGCUAUCUGAUCAGGAUGCCCACCAUCUCGGUGCCUGUUGGAGACCCGCAGUCCAAUCGGGACCCCCGGCUUUAUUCUGAGGCCUGGAAGAAGGAGUUGAAGGACCUGGCUUCCCGGGUGGCCAUCUUCACCAAGGAGAGUGAGCUGAAGAGCAAGGAGGGGCAGGAGCAGAAGGAGGAGCCUCAGCGGGAACAGGGGGCAAAGUACUCAGCAGAGACUGGCAGGCUCAUCCCUGCUUCUACCCGGGCCAUGAUCCGCCGCCACUCCCACCAGGGCCGAAACCAGCCUGCGAGCAGAGAUGGAGGAGACCAGACCUUUGUCCUACAGGAUCAGGAGCUGCUGAUACUGGAACUGCUUUCGCAAAUUCUGCAGACAGACUCCUUGAAUGCUAUCCAGUUUUGGCUACUCUACGCGCCCACCAAGGAGAAAGACACGGCACUAGGGCUCCUGCAGACCGCGGUGGCUCAGCUCCUUCCCCAGCCCCUGGUGUCCAUCCCAGCAGAAAAACUCCUGAACCAGCUCCUGGAAGUUCAAGACUCACUUCAAGAGAGGCACCAGCUACCCUACAGCCAAUCCCCGAAGAAGAUGAAGACACCACCUCUAUCAAAAAGCGAAAAACCAGAGAACAUUGGAAAAGCUCAAGUUCUUCGAGUGCACUCCAGCCAGAAUCCAGGAGAGAAAGCGGCAAAGGCAGAGGGCUGAGGAGUUUGCGCCUCGCUCAAGAAAAGCGCCUCAGUUCGAAGACCCCGUCCCUAAGUCCUCAUCAGCAGUACUGGUUUUCCUAUCACGUGGAGCCCAUUAAACUACUGUCUUCCCCUUAAGAGGACAGUUCCACUCUCCCAUCAGCAGGAGGUCUCUGUGCUUAUGUAGUUUGCUCCGGGAAGGGGGACGACCUGAACCAAACCAUCCCGACUCCCUUGGAGAAAGCCUCCCUGUGUGGGGCUUCCUUGCUUCUGUUUGCUUCCAGAGAGUCAAAGGGCAAGGGAUAGACAGGUCUGUGCUCAUCCCUGAGCCAGGGCUCACAGGGCUCUUGGUAGAUUAGCACAGAAGUGGGGAACUCACAGGCCACUUUAGAAGACUCACCCAUAGCAAUGAUUGAAUUCCUACCAGACACUGGGACAGGACUGAGGCACUAGCUACUGAUGAACACUCUGAAUUGUUGUGCGCACUUUAUAUGUGGUACUGUAUCUGAUGCUCACCCAAACCCCAAGAGAUAGAGAAUCACUCUCAUUUCCUAGAUAAAUAAACUGAGUGACUGUCAGAAAGGUGAAUCAGCUUGCCCAAGGCCACAUAAUAAAGUGAGAACCCAGGAGCCAAACACAACACGUCUGCUUCUAGAAUUCCUGCUUCUAUCUGCUGGACUCUGCUGCCUUGUGAACAGUUCAGUUCAGUUCAGUGGCUCAGUCAUGUCCGACUCUUUGCGACCCCAUGAAUCGCAGCACGCCAGGC